AUGGCAAAGCAAAUAAUGUCUUCUUCAAACUUGUUAUUUUUCUCUCUAACUCUAUUAAUCAUCACACUCUCCCCCAUACCAAAUUUCGCUUCUGCUUCUUUGGAGGAAGCCAAUGCUCUUCUUAAAUGGAAAGCAAACCUUGAAAUCCCAAAAAACUCCUUGCUCUCUUCAUGGAUUCCCCUCCAUUUGAAUUCCAGUGCAUCGGUUCCAUGCACUUCUUGGUUUGGUGUAGUUUGCAAUGCUGAUGGGAGCAUUCAGAAGUUGAACCUCACAUCAUCUGGAUUAAAGGGUACGCUUCAUCAAUUUUCAUUCUCAUUGCUACACAGUCUUACUCAUUUGUAUCUCAGUCUAAACAACUUCUUUGGCCCCAUCCCACCAGAAAUCCAUCUUUUGUCCAAAUUGGUAUAUCUUGAUUUUUCAUCCAAUAAGUUUUCCGGAGUAAUCCCACCUGAAAUAGGAAACAUGCACCAACUAACCAUCUUGUACUUACACUCAAACAAUAUCUCUGGUCCCAUUCCCAUUGAACUUGGGAAUUUUAAGUCUCUCACUGAUUUUAAGGUGAACAACAAUCAAAUUAGUGGUUCUAUUCCUUCCUCAUUGGGUAAUUUGACAUCUUUGAAUGUCCUUUCUUUGUAUGGAAAUCAUCUCUCUGGUCUCAUUCCCAUUGAACUUGGAAAUUUGAAGUCUCUCACUAAUCUUGAUGUGAGUGACAAUCAACUUAGUGGUUCUGUUCCAUCAUCAUUGGGUGAUUUGACAUCUUUGAAUAUCCUUAAUUUGUUCCAAAAUCAACUCUCUGGUCCCAUUCCUACUGAACUUGGGAAUUUGAAGUCUCUCACUCAUCUUGUGGUGUGCAAAAAUCAACUUAGUGGUUCUAUUCCUUCAUCACUAGUAAACCUCAGCAACCUACAGUGGCUAAUCCUCAGUUUUAAUAAAUUAUCGGGUCCCAUUCUUAGUGAAAUUGGGAAGUUGAAGUAUCUCACUCAUCUUUCGUUGAGAACAAAUCAUCUUAGUGGCUUUAUUCCUUCAUCAUUUGGUGAUUUGACAUCUUUAAAUCAACUUUAUAUGCAUGAGAAUGAGCUUGUUGGCCCCAUUCCUAGUGAACUUGGGAAGUUGAAGUCUCUCACUGAUUUUAAGGUGAACAACAAUCAAAUUAGUGGUUCUAUUCCGCCAGAGUUUGGAAAUUUAACUCAACUACAAAGACUUGAUCUGUCUUCGAAUCAUUUGGUUGGUGAGAUCCCAAAGGAGUUUGGGAAGAUGAAAAGUAUGUUGGAUUUGUCCUUGGCUGGCAACCGACUUUCAGGUGUUAUACCUCUAGAGCUUGGAUUUUGUGAACUUCUUGAAGUACUUGAUCUAUCCAAAAAUAGAUUGAAUGGGUCGAUUCCAACAAGUAUUGGUCAAUGGGCACAAAUCCACUACUUGAAUCUUAGUAAUAACAUGCUCAGUGAGAAAAUUCCAUCCGAGAUUGGUAAAUUAGUUCAUCUUACGGAACUUGAUUUAUCUCAUAAUUUUCUCAUGAAAGAGAUACCAUCUGAAGUUCAAAGUUUGCAAAGUUUGCAAAAAUUGAAUCUUUCUCACAAUAGACUAUCUGGUUCCAUUCCUGAUGUUUUUACAAAUUUGCCUCGCGGGAUUGAUAUCAACCUUUCUUACAAUGAGCUUUCAGGUAUAGUCCCUCUUUCCACUAAUUUUGUGAAUGCAUCCAUAGGAAGCAAUCCAGAUUUGUGUGGGAAUAUUACGGGAGUGAAACUUUGUCCAAGUCAGAUUAUGAAGAAGAAAAAUGAUCCAUAUCAUCAUAAGCUUAUCCUUACGAAGAGCGGUGAUUAUUUCUCCAUAACAAGUUUUGAUGGAGCAGUAGUGUAUGAUGACAUCUUGAAAGCAACGGAUAAUUUUGAUGAAGCAUACUCCAUUGGGACCGGAGGAUAUGGGACUGUGUACAAAGCCGAGCUACAACCUAACAAUGUGGUAGCUGUCAAGAAACUCCACUCAGGGUCUGAGAAUGUUGACCAUAAUGGAUUCCUUAACGAGGUACGAGCGUUAACAAACAUAAGGCAUCGAAACAUAGUGAAACUCUAUGGAUAUUGCUCCCAUGUUCGCCACUCAUUUUUGAUUUAUGAAUACCUAGAAAAUGGAAGCCUUGGAUCAAUCUUAAGAAGCGAUGUCUUAGCAAAAGAAUUGGAUUGGUUGAAAAGGGUAAAUAUUGUAAAGGGUGUAGCUAAUGGUUUGGCUUAUAUGCAUCACGACUGCUCACCUCCUAUAAUUCAUAGAGACAUAUCCAUAGCCAACAUCCUUCUUGAUUCUGAUUGUGAGGCACAUAUUUCUGAUUUUGGCACAUCCAAGCUUUUAAAGCUCGAUUCAUCCAACUGGACUGCAAUUGCAGGCACCUAUGGUUAUAUCGCACCAGAGCUUGCUUUUACGAUGGUGGCAAAUGAGAAAUGCGAUGUUUAUAGCUUUGGAGUUGUUGCACUAGAAGUUAUAAUGGGAAAGCAUCCUGGAGAUCUCAUAACAUCUUUACCAACAUUGUCUUCUGAUUAUCUGGUGCCAGAAAAUGUGGAAGAUAGUCGGAUACCUCCUCCCUCAUCCCAAGUUGAGAAACAAGUUUGGUUGGUUCUGAGUCUCGCAAGAGCAUGUUUGAACUCCAAUCCACUUGAAAGACCAACAAUGCAGCAAGUUUCCAAUCGGUUAAUGAAGGAUCUGUUUUGAAUUGACAUCUCUUGCCUGAUCAAUAUAGUGUACUUUCAGUGCUCUUUACUUUUCAAAAGUUCCCGUUAUGCACCCUGCCAAUAUGUAUUCAUUUGAAUGGCUUUUUUUUUUUAAGAAACUUCACAUAUGUUUGUAGUAGUAAAGAAAUAAGUCAAUGAACAUUGCUAUACUUCUAAGAACACACUACUGGAAACCAAGGACAACGCCAUACACACAUCCCCC